AUGAAUUCACUUCUAUCGGUAUUUGGAUCCAAUUCAUCAACGGAUACAUCUGCCAUAGAUACGUGCCCAACGUCAGCCAAUUCAGCUCAGUUUGUUCGUGACACUCAAGCAUUCCUCCUUCUACUUUCUCAUUGUGAAGAAAUCGGUUGGUCAUCGAUUCGUUUAAUUCCAUCUGAUGGUUCAAUUUUGACCAUUCAUCAUACAUACAUUGAUCUUGGAGAUCGCACACAUGAUUUAUAUAUCGAUAUACCACAACGUUGGCCUAAUGAACGGCCAUGUUGCCGUACAUAUAUUCCUGUUGAAUUUACUAUUGAAACAUGGUGUCCGAAAACAAGCCGUCUAAUAGAAAUUUUAAUGAACUUCCAUUCAACUAUCGAUAGUCUACAAAUAUUUUGGACACAAUUAAAUGAAUUGGAACGUGAUGCAAUUGUCUUAGAUGAAAAACCAAUACCAUAUUCUUCGACUAGCAGACGAUUGAAGAUCAACGACAAUGUUCACGUACAAGUUCAGAUCGAUCCAUACAACCCGUCGGCGUUUCCUUCACUGAUCUUUUACGGUCCAUCAAUGCUCAUUCGUUCGUUUGAUGAACGUCUCGAACAGAAUCGUCAUCAUUGGAACGAAGCACAUUCGAAUAUCAUAUUGAAUCUUGAACACAUAUUAGAUAUCACUUUUCCGACGAAUCUUUUCCUUCGGUCAAAGUCUCAAUCAAACGAAGAUCAACAACAAGAAUGUGGCAUAUGUUAUGAGUCCACAGUUGAUCAACAGAAUAGUUCAAUUAUCUAUUGCGAAACAGCCAAUUGUUAUAAGCAAUAUCACGAAAAAUGUUGGAAAAGCUGGUUACGAAAAAAAGUUCCCCAACGUAAUACUUGCAAUGUCUUAGAUAUCGUCGUUGACGAACGAAUCAAUACCACAGCAACGGCGAGCGGACCUUGUCUUUUCUGUAAACGUAAUAUCAUUUCCAAAUCGAUGGGUAAUACACCAGCAGCAAUACCAAUUUAUGUUUCUGUUGUUAUUUAUGGCGAUUACGACGAGAUACUUUGA